UGCUCAGCUCAACCGAGUAUACCGUCAGGACGAGAAACGUUCAACCUACAGGUUGCUGACCUGUGAUUGACGUGACCUCUGACCCACUGCAGGUGUGUUCCGAGCUGGUCCGGAGCUGCGUAGUGGUAGUAAAUACACUACCUCAGUAGUAAAUAUUUAACGCAACGCUCAGAUAAGGUGUCACAACCAACUGGCGUCUGAACCCUCUUAACCGUACAGCAUAGAUUUUUACCCAACUUUUCUGUCCUUGGAAGCAAAGUUCACAGUAAUACAUCUGGUAGACCCAUCCGACCACUGUCUGGGCUGCGUGAGCGCUGCAGGGUUUGUCUAACUGCAUGUAUACUUGGUCACACGCCAAGACCCACAUUGUUGUUGUAAAGGAAAGGCAGCGAAGCAAGACGCCGCCAUCUUGUCCGAGGACAGACGAUCCAACCAGAUAACGUUGUUGAAGAAAGGCAGCAUAUUGACACUGAACAUGGCGAUCGACCUCAGCAUCCCGCGGGUGCAGAACUGUUGCUGCUGCGGCUCCCUGAAGUGUGGCACCAUCGGUAUUGCUGUUGUAUUCCUGAUUAUGAAUCUUCUUUAUGUCAUCGGGACCCUAGUUGCUCUCGCAGCUUUUAAUGGAGAGGGAAUAAAUGCUUUCAGGGUUUUAGACGCCAUCUUCGACGUAAUCUUGAUCAUCUUGUGCAUCGUCCUCAUUGUCGGUGCCGUCAAGGGGAAUCCUCUGUUGUGCCGGAUUUGGAUAAUCGGCACGAUUAUCUUCGUCACCGCCAUGUUCAUCCUUUGUAUCGUUGGUUCGUCGCUUAUUGGUUUGAACAAUCCCCAAGCGGCACACGUCAUUGGAUUCUUCUGGUUCUACCUUGCCGUUGAAGAAGGGCUGUUGGUCUAUGGUGUGAUUGUGGUGAACUCUUUUGUGGAGAGCUUACGUCACGAAGAUGCCACCCUGCCGCCAUACUCACAAGUGAACGAGUCUGCUGCAGUCUAGGUACCCCCCCCCCCCCCCCCAA